AUGAAUGAAGGUUGCCGUUCCCCUCCUCCGCCUCGGCCUCCCUCCCCUCGUUCCUCCUUCCCUUCUUCCACCUUCCCCCCCUACCCCCUUCCUUCCCCCACCCCCCCCACCCACCACAACCCCCCCCCUCCCCCCCUCCCCCCCUCUCCGCUCCCUCUCGCAGCUCCAUGCGCGCAAUUUUUUCCACCUGCCACUCUCGUUCUUUGUUCCCCUCAUUUUUCUCUCAUUUCUCAUCUGUCCCUGUCUCGUUCUCGCGUUCUCUCCCCCACGCGCACACGUCUUCCACGCGCGCGCACGCUGGAUGGGGCCCCGGCAGAUGAGGUGGAGCGCGACGAGGAGGAGGAGGAAGAAGAGGGCGACGACGUGAACGGGGAGGACGACGACGAAGAGGAAGAGGAGGGGCAGGACGAGUAUGAGAAGGACGGGUGGAUGGUGGACGGGGAUGAGGAGGAGGAGGAGGGCGGUGAAGGCGAGGAGGAGGAAGGGGGGGGCGAGGAGGGACCGGGGAGUGACGAGGAGCGCAGGGAGAAGAAGAAGAAGAAGCGCCGGAAGAGGGAGGAGGAGGAGGACGAGUUGGAUGAGGACGACUAUGCGCUGCUGCAGGAGAGUGGCGUGGGGGGCUUUCACCGCCCUGCCAAGAAGGACAAGAAGUUUCGGCGGCUGAAGAAGGCGAGGCACAUGGGGGGGGACGAGGACGGGUUGCUGAUGGACGAUGAGGAGGACGAGGAGGGAGGCAUGCGCGCGCAGCAGCGCGUUGAAAGGGAGAUCUUUGGCGAUGAGGGUGAGAGGGUUAUGGGACGUGCCUGCAGAUUUCCAGGAGAGGGAGGGCAGGGACGAGGAGGAGGAGGACGUAAUGGCAGACUUCAUAGUGGAGGGCGGGCUGGACGACACCGACCCACCUCUUUCCCCUCUCACCUCCCCACCUCUCCUCUCCCCCCACCUUCCCCCGCCCCUUCCUCCCUUCCCUUCCCCCCUCCCAUUCCCACCUCUCCCCCCCCCAUCCCUCUUUCCUCCCCAGACGUGCCUGAGGAUUUCCAGGAGAGGGAGGGCAGGGGCGAGGAGGAGGAGAUGGAGGAGGAGGACGGGGAGGAGGACGAGGAGGAAGAGGACGAAAUGGCCGACUUCAUAGUGGAGGGCGGGGUGGACGACACCGACGAGCACGGGCGGCGCCGCCGCAAGAAGAAGAAAAAGGGCACGCGCAUGCCAGGUGUCACCUCCGAGGCGCUUCUUGAAGCGCAGGAUAUUUUCGGUGACGUGGCGGAUCUGCUGGAGCGGCGGCGCGUGGAGCUGGAGAGGCAGAGGAGGGAGGGAGGGGAGGGGGGCGCGGGGGGGUACUAUUAUGAGGAUGGGAUGGGGGCGGAGGGUGGGGAGGAGUACGGGCGGGAGGGCGCGGGCGGGGCGUCGGCGCUGUCGAAGCAGUAUGAGCCGAGCCUGCUGGAGGCCAAGUAUAUGACGGAGCGGGAUGAAGCUAUCAGGGCGAGAGACGUGCCCGAGAGGCUGCAGCUUUUGGAGGAGGUGGUGGGUGUGAUCCCCGAGAACGAGGACCACCUACCCGAGGCCGAGUGGAUCUACGAGCGCGUGUUUGGCUCCUUAGCCCCCGACCACCUGCGGCGGGGCGAGUUCUCGUACGUCGCUGACGCGGAGAGGCGCGCUGCCACGUGCGCAAGGGAGGACGUGGAGAAGUGCCGACGAGAGGCCGUGGCGGCGCGGGAUGGAGCCAUCGAGCAGAUUGCUGCGGUGCUGGAAGAGCUGCACGAUGCGAAAGUGGAGGUGCCCUACAUAGCGAUGCACAAGAAGGCAAUCUGUCCCGCCCUCGUGGAGACUGACAAGCUCGACGAGCAGCCGCAGCUGCAGCCCUUCCAGGCUUUAUGGGCCAUCCAGCAGUGGGACCGCCGUUGGCUGCUCCUCCAACGCCGCAAGCGCUCUCUCCGCUCGGCCUACGAGCGGCCGCGAGUGGACGAGGACGAAGAAGCAGAGCGGCAGCUCGCCAUGCAAGGCGUGCUGCACGCCCUCGACUGUGCUCUCUCGGAGCCUGCUGUAGAGGACGUAGACGCCAAGUUCAACCUCCAGUUUCCCCCGGAGGAGGCGGUGGCGGAGGAGGGCGGGCGGGGAGGGGGUGGGGCGGUGCAGAGGCGGCCGCGGAAGCGGUCCAUGUACUCGGUGUGUCGGCGCGCGGGGCUGAAGGGCGUGGUGAAGCGCAUUGGGCUGUCAGCGUUCCAGCUGGGGGAGAAUUUGAUCUCCAUGUAUAAGCAACACGAGGUGGAGGACACGGCGCUAUCACCAGACGAGGUAGCAACGGAGUACAUCUGUGCCGAGUUCCCCUCGCCUGCUCUCGUGCUCAGAGGCGCCCGCCACAUGGCGGAGGUGGAGAUAAGCAUAGAGCCCAAGGUGCGCGAGCACGUGAGGGAGAUCUUCAACAAGCGUGCCAUCGUCUCCACCAACCCCACUCCACGCGGCCGCCAGGUGAUCGAUACAUUCCAUCGCUUUGCGGGCAUAGAGCGCCUCAAGGACAAGCCGGUGGGCGAGUUCCGCGACGACCAGUGGCUGCUGAUCGCCAAGGCUGAGUCUCAGGGGCUCGUGAAGGUCGAACUGGGGCUGCCGCCCGCUGUCGUGCAGGAGAACGUCAUCCAGGAGUUUGAAGCGGCCUACCUCUCGGACGGCGUCUCCCACUUCGCCUCGCUAUGGAACGAGCAGCGCCGCACCAUUCUCCGGGCGGCGAUCGCCGCCCGGCUGCUGCCGACGAUGCACAAGGAGACGCGCCUGCUGCUCACCGGCCGCGCCAAGGCAUUCGUGGCAGAGCAGUGCGCUCUCGCCCUCUGGAAACACGUCUCCGUCGCCCCCUUUGACGUCCGGGCGAAGGGGGCGGGGGGCGGUGGAGGGGGAGGGAUGGGGGGAGGCGGGGGAGGGGGCAUGCGGGGCGGGGGAGGAAGGGGCGGGAGGCAUGGCGGAGGGGAGGAGCAUGGGGGAGGGGGGCAGCCGUGGCUGCGAGUGAUGGCGUGCUGCUGGGGGCCUGGGAACCCCGCGACCACCUUUGCCAUGCUGAACGCCGCAGGGGAGAUGGUGGAUUUCCUCCAUACCGGCUUCCUCUGUGCGCGCACCGGCCAGCCUAAAGGGGACGCCGCUGCCCUAGGUGGGGGCGCAGGGGGGGGCAUGGGGGGAGGAGGGGGAGCGGGGGGAGGGGGAGGGGGAGGGGGCGAGCAGCAGGUGAUGGUGAUGAAGAAGCGGGAGGACGAGCGGCGGCUGAUGGCGUUUGUGAAGGAGCACAAGCCGCACGUCGUGGUGGUGGGCGGGGCCAACCUCGCGUGCGAGCGACUCAAGGACGAGAUCUGGGAGGUGCGUGGGGGAUGGCAUGGCAGUAAGGGGUGCGGGUGUUGGGUUGGGGGUAGUACGGCAUGUGGUGGUGGUGGGCAGGGCAAACCUCGUGUGGUGGGGUGGGGGGAAGGAAUGGUUCGCCCCACCACCCACCACAUGGUGAUAUUCAAGAUCGUGGAGCACUUCCCUCGGGACCUCACCUCCGAUGUCGACAACGUCCGCGUGGUGUUUCAAGACGAGACACUCGCGCUUCUCUACGAGAACUCUGCCAUUUCCCAGGAGCACCUGCCCUCGCAGCCAGGCAUAGUGCGCCGCACGGUAGGGCUCGGGCGCUACAUGCAGAACCGGCUGGCGCUAGCAGCAUGCCUGUUUGGGCCGGCGAGGGAGGUGCUAUCUGCCAAUUUCCACCGCUCUCAGGACCUGCUGCCGCCCGAUGACGUGUACGACGCACUUGAGCGCGUCAUGGUUACCGUUACCAACCAGGUGGGAGUGGAUGUGAACUACGCGGCACAGGAGGCGCAGGAUUGGCUCUUUGCACCGCUGCAGUUCGUGUGCGGCCUCGGACCCAGGAAGGCCUCCACGCUCAAAGUGCGCAUACUGGGAGAGGGCGUGGUGAGGCGGCGCAAGGACCUCAUCGACCCGCCCUUCCUGCUGGACCAGGUGGUGUUCAUCAACGCAGCAGCAUCCAUCCGCGUUCGAGGGCAGGACGACACGCUAGAUGACUCUCGCAUCCACCCAGCAGACUACCGCCUCGCGCUCAAGGUGGCCACUGAUGGCUACUGCGAGGCCCACCGCGGCAUGACGCCGCACAGCGUGGAGGAGAGAGGCAUAGAUGUGGUCCUCGAGGCUCGGGACAACCCGGACCUGAUCCGCAGGCUCGAUUUCGAGGACUACGCGGUGAUGCUGGCUCGGAAGGGGCAGGGCGGGCUGAAGGAGAAGCUGCUGCUGAUUCGCCGAGAGCUCAUGCACGGGUUUGCCGAGUGCCGCGUGCAGUUUGAGUCGCUGAAUGCGGACGAGCAGUUCUGGCUGCUGAGUGGGGAGACUGAGGAGAGUCUGGCGGUGGGGAAGGUGGUGACUGCGACGGUGAAGCGCGUGCUGAAGUUCAAGGUGUUGUGUGCGUUGGAGAGCGGUGUGCUGGGCGAGGUGGACCGGAGGGAUUUCAGUGACGAUCCGAAUGUGGAGCUGAGGGAUGUGGUGACUGAGGGGCAGCCGCUCACAUGCCGCAUCAAGGAAGUCAAAACGGAGGAGGCCAAGGUGAUCCUGACGUGCAAGGGAAGCGAUCUGAGGAGCAGCGAGUGGAGGGAGAUGCGGCAGUGGGACCCGUACUACCAGCGCGCUGCAGUGGAGCAGGAGGAGCAGGCAGCGACCGAGGAGAGGAAGCGCAAGGAGGAAGAGAAGCGCAAGACCGCCUUCCGCCCGCGCAUGAUCACCUACCCGCUCUUCCACAACGUGUCGCUGGAGGGCGCUAAGAAGGUCCUAGCAGACAAGGAUGUGGGCAGCGUUGUGAUUCGUCCCAGCAGCCGCGGCCCCACGCAUCUGAGCAUCACCAUGAAGCUGCCGGACGGCGCCUUCACACACGUGGAUGUGCACGAGGGCGGCAAGGACCGCACCUCCGCCACCAGCUUCCUGCGCCUCGGCCGCACUCUCACCAUUGGGGAUGAGAGCUAUGAAGACUUGGAUGAGGUGAUGGCGCGCUACAUCGAGCCCUUGGCAGCGCGCAUGCGGGACAUGGCAGCAUACCGCAAGUUCCGCCAGGGAUCCAAAGGCGACAUGGACGCCCUAGUCCGCACGGACAAGGAGCGCGAGCCCGCGCGCAUCCCCUACUACCUCUCCCUCUCGCACGACCACCCCGGCGCCUUCAUGCUCACCUACAUCCGCUCCGCGUCUGUCUCCGGCCGCCCCGUGCACGAGUAUAUCACCGUUUCGCCCGAGGGUUUCCGGUUCCGCAAGCACACGUUCCCAACGCCGGAUCGUUUGGUGAAGUAUUUCCAGGCGCAUUUUAAUGAUCCGGUGGAGGGUGGCGAUGGGGGUGCGGGCGGGGGUGGUGGGAAAAGAGAGACGCCGCGCCGAGGAGCUUCUGGUGGUGGUGGUGGUGGUUUGGCAUUGCCCCCGCCACCCCCGAUACCGGCAGGGGGAAGGGGAGGUCGGUGGGACCAGGCUGGGUCGGGUGGUUGGGGGGCUGCAGGAGGUGGGAGGGAUAAGAUUGGAUGGGGGGGAGGGGCGUGGAGUGGGGGGGGUGGGGGGGAGCAGGGAGGAGGCCAAGUGUGGCAGUCUGGAGACGGCGGUGGGAGUGGUUGGCAAAAUGCAGGUGGCUGGGGUGGUGAGGGAGGGGGAGGGGGAGGGGGAGGGGGAGGGGGAGGGGGAGGAGGGGGAUGGGGAGCUGGGAGCGGUGGUGGGUCGGGAGGAGGGUGGGGAGCUGGAGGGGCUGAUAGGGGGGGUGGCGCAAGAACUCCACUCAGGGGAUGA